UUAUUGAUAGUGACUAGAAAUAUAUAAAUCACUUAGUAAAAUUGUAAUUAGUUGAUCUGAAGAGAUGAUGGAGGCCAUUUACUUCGUUUUUCUCCUUGUUUUCGGCCUAGCUCAGUGCGACCCCAUACGUCGGACAGACCAGCGUGCUUUUAUCGAAGAUGUUCGCUCAGCCAGCCAAAGGAUUUCGUAUGGUUGGGAAGCAGUAGACGGACAAAUCCCCCACCAGAUCAACUUGCGCACGAUUCGUAGUGACGGCCAGGUCUCCUCCUGCGGCGGCUCAGUUAUUCACCACGAGUGGGUCAUCACCGCGGCUCACUGUCUUGCUAAACGCAAUUCGUUUGUGGUCCGUCUUGGCUCGCUCGAACUUGCCCGACCAGAGUACAUUGUGGAGUCAACCCGCAAGUUUAUUCAUCCUGAUUAUGAUGAGGAGGACUACGAAGUUCAGCCUGAUGAUAUCGGUCUAAUUGGACUGGAUAGACCCAUACCUUACGGAAAGAACAUCCAGCCAUGCAGACUACAAAAUAGCGAGAUGAAGGACUUUGACUACACAGGUGUCAGGCUCACUGUCAGCGGCUACGGAUUGACUGAACAUGAUUCUACAUCAGAGGUGCUACGAUGGGUGUACCAGUACGGCAUCAGCAAUGAGGUGUGCGACAGCUGGUACCCAGGAGAGAUCUCUCACCAGGUCAUCUGCUCUAUUGGAUACAACGAGACGAAUCAGUCUUCAUGUGGGGGUGAUAGCGGCGGUCCACUUACCAUGGUAGAUGUCGACGGAAAACCCACAAUGGUCGGCGUGGUGAGCUUCGGUCACUAUUUAGGAUGCCUCAGUGGUUAUCCGUCAGGUUACGUACGUCCCGGCUACUACCAUUCCUGGUAUGAAGAGGUGACAGGUAUUUCCUUCGAUUGGAAGAAUGAAGACCUGGCGCCUGCGCAGGAUUCACAAUUACAAGAUGAGAUUAGAGUGAACUUCGUUGAGUAAAAGUUUGUUUUUAUAUAAAUAAUUUUUAUAAAUGAAA